AAGAACCCGACUGGUCCGCAGAAUCUUGAAAGCAGCCGCUCGUCCGUCCGUUCUCUGAUCGCACAAAUACCAGCGCUUGCAAUCAAAAUAUUUCUCUCGCGAAAGACAUGACACACUGGUCGUUCAUCAUCUUGUCCUUCUGCAGCCUACUGAGCUACAAAGUGCAUGCCGUUGACGUUCAACAAACCAAGGACUGCACCAUGUCACUCAGAUUUUUACACAAACGUCCGUCAUCAAAGCCCAACGACCACACUACAUGCGCCGGUGCAUGCUGGACCUUGAUGGGGAAAAUCCCUGAUUUUGGAAAGGUCUAUGAUUCCGCAAAUACGCUGUACUGCUAUCGUCCCAUUGUACCGAUUCGGUAUUGGGUGAAUGGUACCACAGUUUCGCAUAAAGCUGGGAGGAACCUGCCCCUCGCCUCGGAAUACCUUUGCUUCUGUGACGCAAGGUUGAUGUACGACAAGGUUCCCGUUAGUUGCAAUUCAGACCAGAUGCAUGAUAUUGCCGAGGCCGUCAUCAAACAAUGGACGUCAGUGAAUCAAGGAGACACCGAAAUCACAACAGAGCCCUGGACUCUUUGUGCUUGAAUUAAGGCAAGAAGGCUAUUCGUUGAUGAUACACUAAAGCUUCUUUUCGAGUCAUCUCCCUCGCAAUACCCACGCUCAGCCUAGAACAGCCAGCUGAGAUUGCAUUCAUCUUGUAGCCUUAGCAAAGAUUUGCCUGUCUUUACCUCGUGCCCUGUUGCUUGCUUUGAGUCGUUCCUGACCGCACAAAUGCACACGAGCUGAUCUAGCAGACCAUCGGGCAAUGCGGACCAUAUCAAGAUGGUUGCAACACGGGCAAUGCAGCUGCGAUGGAAGAACAUCAUAGACACCAGAGACCGCCUGUAUGGAGGACUACCGAAUGCAGACCUGGACUUGGCCGCAUGAUGCGGGCAUUAGACAGGCAGAUCCUUCUGUAGACAGAGAAUAGUAGGCUGGUAACAUUGAAAGCGUGAAGCUCAAUUGCCAACAGCUACAGCAAUUGCUGUUAGGGCACAGAGAUGGAUUGGCGUCGUGCUCGAGCUUGCU